AUGUCAGACGCGCUCCCAAGAGUCGCCAAGAGCCCGCUCGGGGAUCCCUCGGCGGGACGUCGUUCAGGCAGCGGCGAGGCUGCCUGGCACGGGUCAGCACUGCUUUCACAACGAAACCCAACGAAAGGGCAGGACAGCUGCCCCGCGGGGUGGGAGGCGACUAGCAUUUCCCGAGGAGCGAGCACUGCUGUGUUCCCGCUGUCGCGCUGCCCUCCUUCCCCUGCGCGGUUGGGGACGGGACCUCUCUGCCCGAGAACUGCAGCCAGGCCCAAGCGCAAGCAGCAAGGUUGCAAAUGGACCUGGCGCCGGCUAGCUUGGGGGUGGGGUGGGGGUGGAGGCGUCGAAAGCGAAGCCAGCGUGCCCUCUCCCGGUCUCCUCCGCCCCUGGGGCCGAGCCUGCGCGAGCCGGGUCCGCGCCCUCCCUCCGCCUCCUCCUCUGCCGGUCAGUCGGGGCUGGGCGGAGGCGCGCCAGCCGCGCCGCGUCCUUAUCAAUGGGCCUGGCGGCUUAGUGCGGCCGCCACCUCGUCCCGGGGUAGAGCGGCAAUCCCGGGGGGCGGGGGCACCCCCCAAUCAUGCCUCCUGCAGCGGCCGCCCGCGCUCCGGGACCCAGAGGCGCGCGCUGAGCUCCGCAGCUGGCGGUGCGCGCCGGCGGCCGUCGGGGCACCCGCGGGAAGCGCGCACCAUGCGGCGGCCGCCCCUGCUGCUGCUGCUGCUGCUGCUGCUGCUCGCCUGCGUCUCGCCUCGCGUGAGUACCGUGCCCCUCGGAGGGAACGCCUGUGUGCGCGCCCGGGAAGGCUGCUCGCAGGUACACGCUCCCGCCCUGCACCCCACCUCUUCCUCGGGCGUGCCUCGACGGAAAUUCGGAGCGCCCCAGGUGGAAGCCGUGUCCCGGUUGUGUGACGUGCUGCGGGUGCUGCAGGAGGAGCAGGAGCAGUGCCUGCGGGGGCUCCUGGAGGAGAGAAGGGGAGACCUGCACCCAGAACCGCCAGUCCCAGGCUGCAAGGGGCUGUGGGACAGGAUGAGCUGCUGGCCGUCAGCUGCGGCAGGACAGAUGGUGGAAGUGGAGUGCCCGAGGUUCCUCUGGCUGCUCACAGACAGAAGCAGAAAUGGUUCCAUCUUUCGAAACUGCACUCCAGACGGCUGGUCAGAAACUUUCCCCAGGCCUGACCUGGCCUGUGGGAUCAACAUGAACAACUCGUCCAACAACGAGAAGCGGCACAAGUUCCUGCUGAAGCUGAAGGUCAUGUACACCGUGGGCUACAGCUCCUCACUGGUGGUGCUCCUGAUUGCGCUCAGCAUCCUCUGCGCUUUCCGGAGGCUCCACUGCACCCGCAACUACAUCCACAUGCACCUGUUUGUGUCCUUCAUCCUGCGUGCCCUGUCCAACUUCAUCAAGGACGCCGUGCUCUUCUCCGAUGAUGACACCCACUGCGAUGUUCACACGGUGGGCUGUAAGCUGGUGAUGGUAUUCUUCCAGUACUGCAUCUUGGCCAACUACGCCUGGCUGCUGGUGGAAGGCCUGUACCUGCACACGCUGCUCAGCGUCUCCUUCUUCUCAGAGAAGAAGUACCUGCAGGGCUUCGUCACCCUCGGCUGGGGUUCCCCGGCUGUCUUUGUUGCUUUAUGGGCCGUCACCAGGAAGUUUUGGGAGGACACUGGGUGCUGGGACAUCAAGUCCAAUGAGGCCAUCUGGUGGGUCAUUCGAGGGCCCGUGACCCUCUCUGUUCUGAUUAAUUUCAUCCUUUUUAUUAACAUCCUAAGAAUCCUGAUGAGGAAACUUAGGAGCCAAGAAACAAGAGGACGCGAAGCGAGCCAUUAUAAGCGCCUGGCCAAGUCUACCCUCUUACUGAUCCCCCUCUUCGGAAUCCACUACAUCGUCUUCUCCUUCUCCCCGGCGAACGCCAUGGAAGUCCAGCUGUUCUUUGAACUGGCUCUUGGCUCAUUCCAGGGCCUGGUGGUGGCCUUCCUGUACUGCUUCCUCAACGGGGAGGUGCAGCUGGAGGUUCAGAAGAAGUGGCGGCAGUGGCGCGUCCGUGACCUCCCCUUGCGCCCCCCAGUCCUCAGCUCCUCCUUCAGCAACGGCACCAGUGACCUCACCCACAGCACCAAGGCCAGUCCCCUGGAAGGGGCUCGGGGGUCCUUCCGGGCCAGCGUGAUCUGA